AUGAUGAAAACAAACGAGCAGGAAGCGGGCAAAGCAUGGCUGUAAAGGUCACACAGGAACACAGGGUGACAGGGUGUUCUUCAAUUCCUGCCGGUACGCAAUUGUCCCGCAGGUCAGAUCGGCACGAGUUGUGUGUUGUAGCUGGUGGCGUAGUUGCAAUUCUACUCAACUCAAUCGAACUACGGCAUCAAAUGGAAACGAUUUUAAUGCGUCGGGCUGGCGGCAUCAUAACAUGAUGCUGGAACUACUAACACAUAAUCGUGAGAUGACGCAAAACGCCGUACGCAUCGGUGCACUUGAGAAACGUGAAGGACCACACCGCACACACCACACUCCCCACCUGGAGGACGCCUUCACGCCCCUUCGGUACGUCACAAUUCGUACGGGCAAGCGAUUUAUUGGAGGGCGAAACAAUUACGCGUGUGGCCAUGGAAAAUUGGAUAUCGAAAUCCGAACAUCACGUGCCUGGACCGGUACCGGCAAGUCAACAAACAGAGGAAAACGCUACAAUGCAACACAAAACAACUGCGGCCUGGUACAUAGGGCCAGCCGCUGCGAGUAGUAGGGCACACGCGAAUACACCAACAAGCCCUGCGCUGCGCUGCGCUAUGCUCUAUGUGUGUGUUAUUUAAUGUAUUUUGUUUAGUUCCCCCCAUCUUUCCUGCCUCCUCCAACGCGAUCCUCUCGGCAUCUGGGAUUGGCAGUGCCACGCGCCCGUUUGGUGGAUGCAUUCAGCGAUGACGCUGAACGGGCGGCGGCACCCUUCGUCGAUCGGCAUGAGAUGCUGGCGAGCGUGUUCCAGAGUUCGGUAUGACACACAAAGAUUACAGCACAUUGGAUUUAAGGUUCUAUUUUUGGUUGCACAAAAAUACGCUUCACCUUGUGUGUUAGUGCUUUAAAGUAGUGUCGGUUCGGCAAAGCCUCUCCAACAAUCAACAGGUUGUACGACGAUACGUGACAUUUGCUUGCGGUGGUUCAUCUGCCCACCACACUCAAUCUCAGACCCAUUCCGCUCUAUUAUUGAGAUGCAUGAUCGCACCGAUGCAUUGCACAAUCUGAGAUGCUCGGGUUCGUCUAUCUGACAUUUUGACUUGAAACGAUUUUGAAGUGUAUUCCUUCGUGCGACUGCAUCCUUUCUCUUUUGGUAUAUCACGAUUUUUUCGAUGUUAAGGGCAGGCAAAGAUACACACAUCGGUGAACACUCCGGGUCGCCGUGUCAGAAAUAUAGCAUUUUUAAGUGUUUAUGUUCAUAUGUAUGUGUAUGUGGGUAAGAUACAUGGAAUUGGAUACUUUUACAUUCUCGUCUUGAAGCGGCUAAAACAUAAAAAGAAGAUCUGCUGACAUUCGGAGGAGCAACAAAAAUAAAUUGAGGUGCGUUGUUGAAAACUGUAAAAAUCAAAUAAAGCAGCACGAGCAGCAGUCGCGCGGUUAAGACGCCGGGCAACGAUCACGUGCGGAUCGCCCGAGGUAUCGUUUCG